UCCCAAUGCAACUAAGCAAAGCCAACUGACCUGCUCGCCGCGAACCAGCACUUGGCCAGCAAAUUCGUCCAGUAGACCGAGCGAGCACACCAUCCUACCUGCAGACAUCCUGACUCAAGUCAACCUCAGCUAGGAUGCGUCGUGAAAGCGGCUGGCGAGCGUGACCACAUCGUCACACCCACCCAGAGCGUUGUGCACCCUCCACGAUAAACAGAGCAGGCGCUUAGAGAUCGCCCGACCCGUCCCGUUGCGGCCCGCACCCUCCGCUAGAUCGCCCGUCGCUUCAGUCAAUAUUACCAAUUUAACAUAGCAAUGUCAUGCGCUAAUAUAAGCCGGCCAUUCGGAGGAGCUUGUUUAUGCUUUACACCUCCUGUAGUCACCCAUGGACAGUAUUCCCAUCACUAUCAAUAUGUUGACUGCUUUGCUAUGAGCCGCAGACAACAACAUCAGUCAACCCAGAGGAACCAGCGUCGCAAGACGAAGCGCAAACCAAGCGCGAAGCGGGGACUUCUCCUACCGCCCAUCACAGGUCCAAAACUUGCGCCGUUCCCGUUCUCGCAGCCCGACUCACGAAUCAAAUGGAUAAAGAGGCUUCGCAACUGGCAAGAUGAACCGGAAGACAGUGAAACGGACAGCAGCCUCAGUGAUUCAUGUAGCCAGGGCUAUGUCUUUGAGGCGCAAAUAGAAGGGCGCAAAUACGCAAUCAAAGUCUUUAAAUUUUAUAAUCCGAAAGAAGAUAAGCGUGUGUCGCAAUGGCGAGGAAUAGAUGCCAUGCCCGCAACUAAAAAGGGACACUACCUCGAUCCAUUCUAUGCGGAAUGCCGAGCAUACGGGCGGAUUAAAGAAUGUCAAGCGAAUAAGCGAUUAAAACGCAAUAUCACGACCGACUGCUAUGGAUAUAUUCUCCUGGACAAAGAUAAUGAACAAAUUCUCAGAGAAACAAUGAACGUCGACUUACCUAUUCCGAACCCAGCUUAUCAGCUUCAAACUUACGAGCAAAGUCGGCCAAGAGCAAUUGUGAAAGGCCUUAUUGAACAGAGCACGCCAUUUGACGAAACCGUCAGUAGUUUGGGAAGAAUUCUACUGGGUAUCGUCGAACUUAACACUAUCUGCCACAUCUUCAAUCGAGAUAUCCAAGCCGAAAACUUCAGGGGCGGCCGAUUAGUUGACUUCGGGUCAGCAUUUACACUACCCCACGAGGUAUUAGAUGCAAUGAGUCCCAAUGAUAAGUCGGAAACAAUGUUGACCGAUAGAGGCCAAUUUGAUACUAUGGUACUGGAUGAGACUUGGCUCACUAGUAAAGAUAGGUCAAAGCUACCAAGACUUCAUCAGAUGCGCUUGCGUGGUGACGGUCCACUGUGGCAGAUUUCUAUGCUACCUGGAACUACGUGGUUCUGAUGACCGCACGCGAGAACAUAGUCUUGUUUUCAAUUAUUACUUGAUCAACUCUUGUGUUAAAAUACACAUAAUGUAUUGGAAGAUUAAUGCUCGUUAACUAUGAAGUAAAAUGGGUGUCAUGUUUACAACCAAUAAUGGGAAGCCAUCUGUCUCGGGCGCUAAAUCUCUGCAGGUUAGGCUUCGCUUUGGCUGCACCACGCGCAUAUUAGCAUGCUGCAACAUGGUCCUACACCACCGCCACAGCGGCAAGUGUUGUAACUAAAAAAUGUCAGGCAGUGCUAAUGUGGUGUGUCAGGCGCAUCUGCGUUUCGUUGCCUAGAAUAGAAGGAAUGAGAAGAGGUGGCUGCCGAAGUGACGAAGGGAGAAGGACCUCUGGAAGGCGGUGCCUCUCGUUUUGGCC